AUGGCAAUGAGGAAGGAUUCCAAAGUAAGCAGCAGGUUGGUGAUCACCUCGGUGGCCCUUCAGGAUCACAUCACCAGGAACCUUCUGGAAGCCAACUUUUCCCUUUUGGACCCGCUGUUGACAUUCAGGAGCAAAGCGCACGCACUUCAUCACGCAAAAGAGAGAGGGAUCCGAAAGGAUGUUCCUCGGUGCCUCGGAGAAGAGCGAGAGUAUGUGCUGGAUGCCGCGCCGCCGCCUCCAACGUUAGCUCAGAGGAUGGGCUUGGUGGCCUUGCCCCCGGAGAGGCUGAGCGAAGACGAGUGGGCUCUGGUGAAGGCCAGGUGGCUCCAGCGCCGGGAAUCCGAGCAGCCUUGCGCCAUUUGCAGAGAGGCCUUCUGCCUUCUGCCUCAGGUGUUGCUAUCGUGCUCGCACGUCUUCCACAAAAGCUGCCUGCGGGCCUUGGAGAAGUUCUCCGGCCGCAAGCGCUGCCCCAUGUGCCGCCGGGAAGCGUACCAAACGCGGGUCAUCCACGAGGCCGCGCGCCUCUUGCGGAACCGCUGCGCCACCAGAAUUCAAGCCUUCUGGCGAGGCUACGUAGCCCGCAAGCGCUACGGGAACAUUCGGAGAACCGUCUGCCCCAAAGACAAGCGUCUCCGGCGCAAAUUCUUCGAGGCCAAGCUGCAGGAGCUGAGCGACGGCUUGGUGCGACGCUGCCGCACCGACGCCGAAGCUUUUCUCAGCGAUAUCGACCGCUCGCUGUCAUCGAGCCGCCGAGUGUUGGGGCAGCCGGAGAGAGAAAAGCGCGUCGCCGAGCCUCGGGAGGACGACGACGAUUGGGAGCGCAUACAGAGUCAGGUGAGCCAGCGAGGGGCCGGCGACUGCCCCAUCUGCCUGACGGCGCUGUGGCCCCCGGGAGCCGCGCCGGGGUGGUCUGCCUUCCAGCUCCAUCGGCGGCGCUCGGUGCUCCUGUCCUGCUCGCACCUCUUCCACCAAGUCUGCCUGGACGCCUUGGAGGCCUUCGUGGCGGAGCGCAGUCCCGCGUGUCCACUCUGCAGGUCCACCUACCGCAAGAAGCUCAUCUGA